AUGUCAAUACCUCGAUUGGAGUUGAGUAGCGCAUUGCUCCUGUCACGGCUCAUAAUCAACGCAAAAAACGGUCUCAACCGUCAAGUGAACGGGAUUCAAGUAUGGACCGACUCGAAAGUAGCCCUGUGUUGGAUUCAGGGCGAUCCCGCGAGAUGGAAACCUUUCGUCGCUAAUAGAGUGAUCGAAAUCACCGAGUUAGUCCCAGCCAAACAUUGGAGUCACGUUGCAGGGGAAGAAAAUCCAGCGGACCUUAUCUCUCGAGGAUCUGGCGCCAAUCAACUCGAGAAGUCGGAGUUGUGGUGGACGGGUCCCCGGUGGCUGCAAGAAAAAUGUCCAGCUGUUCAUCUCGAUUCAUCGAAGGAGCCUGCGGAGGAAAUUUUGGAGACUGUUGCGGUCGAAAGGCGCAGUGAGAAACACGCUUACAAGGCUUGUGUUCAAGAAGAACAGGUCGCACAGGAACUCCUGAACAAAUUCUCCUCGUUGACGAAGGUCGAACGAGUCAUGGCGUAUUGUGGGCGGUUUUCCUCCAAUGCUCGGAAAAAUAUCACCGAACGAAACUUUGAUCGAUUAUUGGCAAUUGAGUUGCAAGAAGCACAGCUCAAGCUCAUUCAGGGCGAGCAGGCGAUACACUUCACCGAAGAAAUAUCCGCUUUGUCGAAAAAUCAGACGUUAUCGUCAUCCAGCAAUCUUAUUCGAUGGCAUCCUUUCUUGGACAAGCGGGGAAUCCUCAGGGUGGGCGGUCGCUUACAAAAUUCUGGCUUGUCGUUCGAGCAGCGACACCCAAUCAUCCUUCCGGCAAAGAGCACGUUCUCCCGACUGUUAUUCGAACGUGAACACCGUCGCCUACUUCAUGCGAGCCAACUCUUGUUGCUAUCGACAAUCCGAGAAAAGUACUGGCCAAUCAACGGGCGAAGCAUAGCUCGUCAAGUUUGCCACGCCUGCGUAUGGUGUAGUCGUCACAAACCGAGAGAAACUAUUCAAAUUAUGGGAGCCCUUCCCAACGAAAGAGUUAAGCCGAGUCGGCCCUUCACCUUCACUGGCGUCGAUUUCGCAGGCCCGAUCACAACUCUUGUUAAUAAAGGACGCGGUCGAAAAACUAACAAAUCUUACGUAGCACUAUUCGUUUGUUUCGCGACAAAGGCGAUACAUCUCGAAGCAACGAGCGAGUUGUCGACAGCUGCAUUUUUGGCCACGUUUCGGAGAUUCAUCGGUCGACGUGGAAAGCCUCACAUUAUGUACAGCGACAACGGAACUAACUUUGUCGGAGCCCAUCGUGAAAUUCGAGAAAUCUACCGAUUUUUGCAAAGGGAAAUGGACGGCGAGCUUGGAGACACUCUAGCUAACGAGUGCAUCGAUUGGAAAUUUCUUCCGCCUGGUUCACCUCACAUGGGAGGACUAUGGGAAGUCGGCGUGAAAUCUUGCAAAUAUCAUCUCAAGAGAUACAUGGGACAAGCGUUGCUUACAUUCGAGGAGCUAACAACUGUUCUCGUACAAAUUGAAGCUUGCUUAAAUUCAAGACCAAUUUCGGCCUUGUCAAACGAUCCCUGCGACCUGCAGCCUCUUACGCCGGCUCAUUUCCUCGUGGGAGAAUCGUUGGUGGGGCUUCCGGAUCUUGACGUAACAGAGAUCCCUCUAAAUCGAUUACAGCGCUGGCAAUUGACGCAGCGUAUCACGCAAGAUAUUUACAGAAGAUGGUCGACAGAGUACAUCAGCACUCUGCAAGGUAGAUCAAAAUGGAACACGAACAAACCGAAUUUGCAGCUAGGGGAUUUGGUUGUAAUCAAGGAUGAAAACCUUCCCCCAAUAAGAUGGAAGAUGGGUCGGAUCGUGGAGCUACAUCCUGGAAGUGACAAACACGUCCGUGUCGUAACCGUUCGCACUUCUAACGGACGCAUAAAACGCUCGAUCGCGAAGGUGUGCAAGUUGCCCGUGUCGACUACGAUAAAACAGGAAGAAUCGUCAAAAAAUUAA